AAAAAUGGUUGUACAAAGAUUCAGACGGCCAGUUUUGUGUUGAAGAAAAUAGUGCAGACGGGGAAAAAUAUCGAGUGUGCGCAAAAUGCAACUUGAACAUCCGUAGAAGAGUUCAAGAUAUGAAUGUGCUAUGUUUCAAUCCAACUUGUAACAUAGCAAUUAAACACCCGAGAUAUUCUUUCAUGCCAUUAUGCAACGCGUGUCACAUGUACCUUUACUCAAAUGGGUUAAGACGAGUUGUGCGAGGAGGUAUUGUUUUGGGUGUAAGACGAGAUAUUUUGGGGAGGAGCUGAUGGUGAAAAACAUGAUUUUCCACAUCGACUGCUUCAAAUGUACAGGAGAGCAGGCCUCCAGGAAUGGCUCGGGGAAAGUGGCCAAGAAAAAAGAAUUAGGCUUUUCGACAUCAACAAUUACCUGUAAUAACUGCGGAACGGACAAGACCAGUAGAUGGAGGAAUAAUAAAACUAUGUGUAACGCCUGCUUUUUGUGGCCCAAACAUCACCGUGGGACUUAACUUCUGUUACAAGAAAUAUGUAUCAACUGCACCACCACAACAACAACUAGGUGGUGGGGCCAAAAAUGACAUGCUUGUCAUCAAUGGCAAAUGAACCACAAUGGGGGUGGAGUCAAACUCCCCACUGUAGAAGAGAAGAACACUUUGGAGAAGAGCACUUUAGAACCUCCCACUACCGAACCCGUGGCUAGAACUUCGUCCUUGGAAGAACCUGUGAAUGUCACAUUAAUAACUGAUACAUAUUACGCUAUCCAGUCAUAAAUAAUACUAAAACUUGUUUUUAAAAUAAGCGUAGCUAGAGACAAUUUACAAGUAUUUAUUUACAAACAUCAAAAACAAAAAGUGGAUUUAAACAUUGUUCCACAUAUUACCUGUUGUUGAAUUUUAACUGUAAUGUUGUCACUAUUUUAUUAAUUAGGCUAAUUUUGAAUAAUAAGACGAUAAGAAAAUGUUUAGCAAAGAUAA